AUGGUCCCGGAUGCUGAGCAGAGGCUUUGGGUCUUUGGGGGUGCCGCGUUGCGGGAUGGCCCUGAAGCAUAUGCCGAGGAGGUCAACGAGCUCUGGCUCUAUGAGCCCAAGAACUUGGCGGCAAAGUGGAGCCAGGUGCGGACCUUGAGGGAGCCACCGAUACCACGCCGAGACCACUCGAUGAUCUUUGUCACCGGCAUCCUCGGCCCCUCGAUCAUCCUCUUUGGGGGCAGAACGAAGGCCUGUAUCUUGGGUGACACUUGGCGCCUGGCUGACCGGGCGUGGGUGAAGGUGACCUCAGAGUCUAUGCCUAUGCCUUCACCCCGCUAUGCUCACACCAUGCAGCCGCACCCGGAUGGUGCUUUCUGGCUGUAUGGCGGUGCAGGGGAAGACAUUGUUUUCGGUGACCUUUGGCUCGGCAACCUGACUGGACUAGGUAGGGCACGCUGGGAAAAUUUGUCAAGUGGAAGAGACGUGCCCGAACCACGCAGUUGGCAUGUGCUGGCAAGCGGCAACUCGGACACCAUCUGGUUGCAUGGCGGCCGGUCGAGCGACGGACGGAUACUUGCAGAUACCUGGUCGUUUAGUGUCCACGAUGGCUGGCAGGAGCUACCAGCGGGACCUGCUAGUCACAGCCAUGUCGCCUUCUAUGAGAACGGCGUCUUGUGGAUGCAUGGGGACGCCCAGCAGGGCAUGCAGGGCAUGCAGGGCGCACCGCAUCAUUCUGAUCUCUUCCAGUUCGAUGUGGCCAAGGAGACGUGGCUGUUUGUCGAGGUUGCUGGCCGAAAACCAGGACCGCUCAUGCACCAUGCCGGCGCACUUGUAGAAGGCCAGAUCUGGCUGCACGGUGGCAAUCGAGAUGGUGAAACCUUCAGUGAGCUUUGGUCCUUUAGUGAAGUUGCACAAGCAUGGCGCAUGGAGAACGCAUAUGACUCGCCAGACAUGGUGAACAGGAGACACUUUGUAGCCGGCCUUGUGCUGGGCUUUGUAAGCUUUUUCGCCAUCUUCUUCCUUGUGAUCAUCCGCUUCGAGCUAAGCUGCUUUCGAUUGCGGGAGCUGGGAUGUCGAGCAUUCACGCGACCUGGGCGGAGCCAGACGUACAGCGCCUUCGUCACGUGGGUUGCUUCCGGCGUCUUGGCAUGUAGCUUCCCGGCGGUGGCGAGCAUGGUUCUGGCCCGAUGGCUGGGCCGACCUGACACAUCCGAGAAUUUCGACCUCUACACCUUCGUGGGCCCAGCUGCCUACAGCAUGAUGUCGAUUUGGAUGCUCUCCAUCUUUGUGUGUGUCAUGGGCUGCAGGGCACGCAGGCACCCAAUGGAGUCACUGGAGGAUCCCACGCUGCUGGCAACCUUUCUGCUGGAUGCGGACAUCAAGCUGGUGAAUGUGGAGUUUUUGCUGGAGCUAGCGGAGACGAAGGGUGUCUGGCCCAGAAGACAGGAAGCGGAGAAGCUCAGGACGCGCUCCGGGCUACCGGCCCUGUUGAGUCAUGCAGAGGUGGUUGCUUGGUCCCAGCGGAUGCGGCAGAAUCCAAAGCAACAGCGCGUGGUGUCUCUGUCACACAUUUGGGAAACGCUGGAACACCCCGAUCCCUAUGGGUUUCAGCUGGCUGAGCUCGUCAAAGUUCUGCACUGUGCAUGGAAGAAGGACUCAGACAUGAUCCCUGGUGUCUUCAUUGAUUAUGUGAGCUUGUAUCAGUUCCGGCGCAAGAGAAAGCAUGAGGAGCAUGCCUUCCGCCUUGCGAUGAAUGGCAUGGACAUGCUCUAUACACAUGAAUGGACACACACGGUGUGCGUGCCAGAUUUAACUCCUCAAUCCUGGAAGGCUUCCCGGCAGGGCCAUCAAGUCUAUGUCUACCGGGAACCACCCCGCUCAGAGAAACCAGGAGUUCAGUGGACCGAUCCAAGUCUCCUACAAGAGAACACCACCGAGUAUUUCAAACGGGGAUGGUGCAUCGCAGAAGUCCAGUGGUCCAGCCUGCGAAAUUCCAACAUGUUUGGAUACUGCUUGGGCACACACUCAUUGGCCACCCAGCAACUUCUGCGUUGCGCACCCAGGGGACCAGCAACUUUCCGUCGCGAACUUGCCAAGAGUGACGUCCACUUCACUCAUCGAAGCGAUUUUCUGCCUUUGGUGUCAGCGCAGCGAAAUGCGUUUGAGAAGAAGGCAAGCGAAGCUAGGGAGUUGGACUUGGAUGGGCUGCCAGACACGGAGAUUGACAUACUCGCCGAUUCCCUGCAGUCCUUCCAGGUCCUGCAGCAGCUGAAACUGUCCAACUGCAAUCUAAACGUCCAAGGCUUCGUGCUGCGUCUGAGCUGGAUCCAGUCCCUGAAGAAGGUGUCUCUGCAACAGUGCGGGCUUGCCGAUGCAGACAUGCAGCCCAUUGCCGAGGCUCUCUCGAACUCAUGCCUUUGGGUUACCCUGGAUCUGAGCCGGAACGCGAUUGCUGGCGCCGGAGCCCGGGUUCUCGCUGAGGCCCUGCGCCAGAAGCCGCGGUUGAAAGAGCUUCUCUUGAUGGAUAAUUGGAUUGAAGACGCUGACGCCAAGAUUUUGUUCGAGGCGUGGGUGGCCCUCCAGGUAGAGACGCGCCCAUCAUCGAACCUGCUGGCUGACACAUCCACGCUGAUUAAUGAAGUGGCGGAGGCCGCGCUUCUGGCAGAGUGGAAGCGGGACAAGGUCCUCACCUUGCGUAAGAUGGACUUGAGCAAGAACCUUCUCACUCAGGCAGGCAUAAGCGAGAUGGAUGAGAUGAAGCCGCCAGAUAUGACUCUCCUGGUCCAUGAGCAGAAAGACCACCAUGACAAGGUGAAAGGGCUGGAGAUGGCACUUGGCAGUGCCAACGACGAGGAAGAUUCAGAGUGCAAGGCCGACUCAGUACAUGCAGACAGAGAGCCGCACAGCGUUUUGGCCGACCGCGAGGCUGAUUGGCAUCAGAUUGAUGUGCAGCUGAUGGAUGAGGACCCAGACUGGAAGCCAGAUGAGAUGUGCUUGGAAGCCGCUAUAGCCGGUAAAGGUUCAGAGCCUGCCACAUCAUCCACAUGCGAGAGGUGGUUUUGCCAGUCACCGAAGCCCUGGGCACAUGAUUCUAUAUUGAAUCGUGAUGCUAUGCUCCCGCGAAAGUUGUGA